UAGAAGGCAUCCCCCUUUAAACAUCCCACCCUCCCAGCAGGUGAUGGGUAAAUCUGGAGGGACGUCCAGAAUGAAAAAGAUCUCUGCUGAUCACUGAACCCCAGCAGGGGCGUGUUGAUCACUCAGCCGGACGGAUUUAGUAGCUGCUGUAGAAUCUGUGUCCCAUACAGGCGCUGCAGACACUGAAGCGUUAGUCUCCUUCACCUUCAGGCAGUUUCUGGAGAUCACAGCUGGGGGGAAAAACAUGGAGAUUACACUCGAAGAUGAAAACAACAACACCUCAGCCAACUUUGAGUUCAAAGGUGCUCACCAGGCAUUCAGGGACCGCUGGAAGGAGACCGAUGACACCAUGUGUCGCCACAGCAUGUCCUUCCACCUGCACCACAAGCUGCAGAGCGACUUCUUCGCCAGCUACCUGUACCUGCUGGAGAAGAUUCCUCUGGUGAAGCUGUUUCCCGUCACCUGUGAGUUUAUCAAGGGGGAGAAGCAAUUCUACUACAGAGCCCAGAAGUUCUAUGAAGACGUUCCUGCCUCUGAGGAGGGCAUGAUGGGAGAUUUUCUUGAGAUUUCCAACGUUGAUCUGGAGAGUUCCCGUCAGUUUCUGAAGAGGUUUGUGGGCCCUGGUAAAGCGGGCACGUACCGGGCUUUGGAUUGUGGUUCUGGGAUCGGGCGCGUCUCCAAAGGCGUCCUUCUUCCUGUGUUUGAGAAAGUAGAGAUGGCCGACAUGAUGGAGCACUUCCUGCUCCACGCACACGAGGAGUAUCUGGGUGAUGACGCCGACCGCAUCGAGACCUACUACUGCUACAACCUGCAGGAGUUCACGCCUCCCAGAAACAAGUAUGACAUCAUCUGGAUGCAGUGGGUGGCGUGCCACCUGACAGACAAAGACCUGCUGAACUUCCUGAUUCGCUGCAAAAAGAGCCUCCGUCCCAACGGCGUCAUCAUCAUAAAGGAUAACAUGGCCCGGCAGGGCUGCAAGCUGGACCCAAUUGACAGCAGCAUCAGCCGCCACCUGGACAUCAUGAAGGUCAUCAUAUCCAAGGCUGGGCUGGAGAUCCUGGCAGUGGAGAGGCAGCAAGGCUUCCCUGAGGUCAUCAUGCCCGUUUGGAUGAUCGCCAUGAAGUAGAACAGUUCAACUCUUUCUGGAAACGGAUUUUAUCUACUCAACACCAAAUAAUGUUGGAACGGCUUUUAGGAUGAAUUAUCCUGCUAAAGCAACAUGCGGUGUAACAGGUUAGCCGUUCAGUAGAUGAGGAGUAGAAACAAACCAUGACAACUUCAGCCACUGAUUCCCAGAGAGGGCAGUCUGAAAACAGAACCAGGAGGGAGUACCUCAGCCCUACAGUUUAUUAAAGCUAAAAUCCCCCUUUGGACAAAUACACAGCUAGGAGUAAAACGUAUCAACCCCUGCUCCCAGAGAUUAGCCUGCACCAUCAAGCACUGCAAAUA